AUGGACAUGGAGAGCGAGAGCGUCGAGAGUGGUGGCCAACCCACCGGGAAACCACCGGAACCUACGCGGAGACCCACGUUUAAAGAGAAAAUCCUUGGAAGAGAGACUGUUGAGAAGAACAAGCAGGUGCGCAACCUGGUUGAAGCAGGGAUCAUGAAAAAAGAACUCAUUGAUGGGAACAACUUCUUCCAAAUGUUUGACUUCCAGGACAAACAGGCCUACGAUGAGAUUUGCAAACCAUGGGUAGGCUGCUUGGUUGUUAAGCUAUUAGGAAGGCACAUUGGAUACAAGGUAUUGUGUGAUCGUCUGCGCAUGCUAUGGAAACCGGCUGGAGGUAUUGAGGUUCGUGAUAUCCAUCAUGGAUACUUUCUAGUGCAGUUUGAUCUCCAAGAUGAUCGAGAAAGAGCGAUGGCUGGGGCACCAUGGAUGAUCUAUGAUCACUAUCUUGCUGUAAAGCCAUGGACAUCGGACUUUGUUGCUGCCAACUCGAAAAUAAACACGACUGCUGUUUGGAUUCGCAUUCCUGGACUUGGCUUUCAAUUCUAUGAUGAGAGUAUCCUGGUUACGUUAGCUUCUGCAGUUGGGACCCCAAUCAAAGUCGAUAUGAACACAACAGAUAUGCAGAGGGGGAAAUAUGCUAGGAUAUGCGUUGAGAUCGACCUGAGCGAACCAGUAUUGGGGAGAGUUGGGCUAUGUGGAGUGUGGUACAACAUUGAAUAUGAGGGUCUUCACUUGCUAUGCUCGAAAUGUGGCUGUUAUGGUCACCUUGCACGUACCUGUACUGGGAAACCAGUCAAGCAGCCAGCGUCCCAAUCAAAACCGACGGCGAAUACGGCACCAGACACACCAGUGGCGGCGGCUGCAUCUCCAGGGAGUCAGGGACAACAGGGAACCCUAGAAUCUGAUCAUCAAAUGUCGGAUGGCAAGGAUACCGGCGUGAUUGGCGCAACCAUUGAAUACCCUCCCGCAGCACAUGGUGAUUGGAUGCUGGUUACCAAAAAAGGAUGGAAAAAUUUGAAUGCAAACCAAAAAAAACAGGCAUCGAAUAUUCAGAAACAGUUUCGAAUGCCAGGAGAGAAGUCAGGCGUGAAUAAAGGGGUGGAGAAACAGACACUUAAUGGGAAUAAAGAUCUGAUUCUGAGUGGGCCCAUGCAGUUUAAUGCUGGUUCAAAUAACACGAGUAUUGCUGUGAUUGGUGCUAACCAGAAAGGCAGGAAACGAGUGAGAAAAGAAACUGGUCAGGGCUCCCCAUCUGUUGAACGUGGUGAGCCAAUCACCCUCCCUGGGAUAACCCAUCAGCAAGGGAAGCAAGGCAAAGUUGCACCAGAAACCAGGAUGAUAGGAAACAAAAAAGUGUUUGUGUAUGGGGAUGGGACCAAAUCUACCAUGCAUAUGCAACACCAAGAAGGUAACCGUUACACCCUCCUAGAUGAUGAGGAUGACGUGCAAGGAGAUGCCAUGGCUAUCCAGGUUGUUGGGGCAGCACCCUAUGACCCAGGAGCUCACAACGUUGGAGCGUCCUCGCUGGGCACCUCGUGA